CUUAUUUUGUGGCUUUGGUGCCACAGGAUGAGGAGUUGGAUGACCAGAAAAUUCAGGGGGCUCCUCCAGGCUUUCAGCUGGUCUUUUUACUGUUUGCUGAUGAUAAAAGGAGAUGCCCUUUACUGAAAAAAUCAUGGCAACUCCAGAGCGGGUGCAGCAGCACUUCAGGGACCUGGAGGCCUUGGCCUUGGACUUGAUGGAGCCUGAACAAGCAGUGGACCUGACACUGCCCAAGGUUGAAGCAAUGAAUCAAAGACUGGGCUCCCUGGUGGAUGAAUUUAAGGAGCUUGUUUACCCUCCAGAUGACAAUCCUGAAGGGAAAGUUAUCAAGAGAAAACACGAUAAUGAAGGUUCUGGAAGCAAAAGGCCUGGGGUGGAGUAUUCAGAAGAGGAGCUGAAGACCCACAUCAGCAAGGGCGCGCUGGGCAAGUUCACUGCCCGUGCUGAAAGAGGCUUGCCGGGCUGAAGAGUGGGCUGAGGAAGCAGGAGCUGCUGGAAGCCCUCACCAAGCACUUCCAGGACUGACCAGAGGCCGCGCACCCAGCCGCCCUUCCACAGUGUGGCCAGGCUGCCUGGGCUUGUUCUCAGCCAGUUAAAAUGUGUUUUUCCUGAGCUAGGAAGAGUCUGCCUAACAGAAGUCCAGGGAUUUUAUGUUUUUGAGGCUUUCUGUUGCCAUGGUGACGGUGUAGCCCUCCCACUUUGCUGCUCCUUACUUUACUGUCUGAAUA